GCGGCCCCCUCCGCCGCUCCUUCCCCGGCUGCUCCGGUGGCGCACCCGGCGCUGCUUCACCAGUUCAGGGCAGACCUCUUAGUACCGAACGGGAACGCGUUAAAGACCGGAGGAGCUCCGGUGUCCAGCAGCGCUAAGCCCGUGUACGCCACCCCGUCGCCCGUGGAGAGCACGCCACAGAACAACGAGUGCAAACUGGUGGAGGUGAAAGGUGCCAAGCUGGCCUCGUUCACGGUGAAGGACACGGAGCUCAUCUGCCUGCCCCAGGCUUUCGAUGUGUUUCUAAAGCACCUGGUCGGCGGGCUCCAUACCGUGUACACCAAGCUGAAACGGCUUGACAUUACCCCUGUGGUGUGCAACGUGGAGCAGGUCCGGGUGCUGCGGGGGCUCGGGGCCAUCCAGCCUGGUGUGAACCGGUGCAAACUCAUAUCCAGGCAGGACUUCGAGACGCUGUAUAACGACUGUACCAACGCAAGCUCAAGGCCUGGACGACCGCCUAAGAGGCUGCAGAGUGUGACAGAGGGCGGGACUCACCACAUGCUGUCCCACAGUGGUCUGAUGCAUGCUGGGAUCAUGCCUCCUGCAGGUGACCACCCAGGCCUCACCUCGCACACACAGUACAUACAUCUGUCUACGCUGGCCAAGAAGAUCAAGCUGGAGGCGAUGGCUGGUUACCACAGCAACCAACAACACUGCAGGCCAAACGGAGAGAACGGUGACCACAACGCUGGACUGGUUCUAGAUCAGUUACCCUUCAUGAUGAUGUCACAUCCUCUGAUACCUGCCAGCCUGGCGCCGGCCUCUGUUUCCAUGGCGAUGGGCCAGAUGAACCGACUGACCACGUUGGCCAGCAUUGCCAACGUGGCACAGCUUCACGCCAACCCCCCUGCCAGGGCGCCCACCUCUGUCAUUAAGGAGCGAGUGCGAGACAGCCCCUCCCCUUCUCCCUCAUUGGAAGAUGCUCAGAUGUCAUCCAACCACAGCAGCAGCGUGUCAAGUUCACCCUCUCACACAGAACGCACUGCUGAAACCACAAACCCACUCCAUGAAAACCUGUCAUCAAGCGUGUUGGGACAUUCCCCUGGUGUGGUGCAGGGGGGCAGAGAGACAGAUGUGACUUCAGUGGAAUACAGCAAGGAAAGCAAGAGGAGCCACUCUGACAGAGAUAGCAGCUCCUUGGCCACUCAGACAACCAGGGAGAGCUGUGAUAAACAGGUCUACCAGAAACCCACAUCAGGCAGGGAGGUCUGUGAGAAGGUAUCUUACCCUGCAGGACAGAAGCUCCCAGCAGGGCUCCACCACACUCCCUUUAUCUUCCCGGAAGGCUUGUCCUCCAUAGAGACCCUGCUCACAAACAUCCAGGGUCUGCUGAGGGUUGCCAUAGAGAAUGCCCGAGCACAGGAGAAACAGGACCAGCUGGAGAGGACGGAGCUAAAGAUGGAGUUGGUCCGAGAGAGGGAGCUCAGAGAGACCUUGGAGAGACAGCUUAGCAUGGAACAGAAAAACAGAGUUCUGAUCCAAAAGCGCCUGAAAAAGGAAAAGAGGAGUAAGAGAAGACUACAGGAGGCCUUGGAGGAAGAGGUCAAACUUCGUGAUCAGGCAGAGCACAGCCUGCUACACACUGCCAACACACACACAGCCCAUCAAUCAUCAGCAGCCCCUCCUCACACAGAAUCUGUGACCCAGGAUGUGGAUGGGAGCAACCAUGAUGACAACAGGCUGGACACCAAGGCGACAGUACAAGAGGGCAGAGUGUUCCUGCAGACCACUGGGAUGUAUUAGGCGAAAAGAUCGAUGGAUGGACAAAUGAAUGGAUGGAAGAAAAGAGCGAUCAGGUUUUCUCAUUUUUGAGAAAAACGAUCAACAGGCAUGCUCGGUUGCACGGUAGCAUCCGAGAUUCCUGCCUCCAUCUCCUCAAAAGGACUCUGCUACGUAUCAAGGGUGACAUUUGAACUUUUUUUUAUUGUUCUCUUGUUUAAUUUAUUGCAUUUAUCACAGAAUCUCAGCUGUAGUGGGAAUAGUACUUUAUUCUGAUGAUGUGUUUGACUGUGUUUCUUUCAAUCAAGGUUUUUAGGUCCUAAAUGAAAAUGACCAUAGUUGUUUUCUGUCAGUGCUGUUUAUCUGGACACAAGUGAUGCAUAUAACUUGUAACAGAGUUGUGUACAUAUAUAUAGUCCUCAUUUUUGUUAUUAUUAUUAUUAUCAAAAAGCAUAAUGGCAUGUUGUACAGUCAGUAAAUGGCUUGUAUUGUGUAUGUUAUGCAGUAGUGCAGUUUGACAACACAAACAAUACAAAUCCUUUUUAUUAAAUUGUGUUAGUGCUUCUUUCUUUUUUAAGCCUCUGAAUGCAUCACAUUUAAUUGUUUUAUGUGAAUAGAUAGUUUUAUUGAUUUCUCAGUAAUACAUUGCACCUACUUGAAAUGUGGAUUUAUAUU